AUGAGGCUUCGUGAAUGGAUGAGGAGAAAAGAGGGAGAACUGUGACUUUAACUUCCAGGGCACAAGACACCCCACUAUGUGAGGAGAGGUAGUGAUAACGCACUGGGGGAGGGGGGCGCUAGGAGGGAAGAAUUACUUACAGGGCAGGGUAGGAGCCCCAGAGGGUUUUUCGGGAAGGAGACAUUUAGCUGCGCAGAGGAUUGGAAGACGAGCAACCUAUCUCCCACCUUCCGUCUCUGGUCAGGCGGGGCGGAGGCAUGCUCCCCGGACCUCUCGACCGAGAGGCCGCGAAACGCCCGCGCGCGGCUGAGCACGCCCUCAAGCCCGCCCCUUCCGGCCGGCUCGCGCCGGUGGGGGGGGGGGGGCGUGGGCGUGGCCGCACCGAGAAAAUGGCGGCGCCCGAACAAAUGAUGUUUCCGGAGAAAUUGAGCCACAAAAAGUACAGGGCCGCCCUGAAGAAGGAGAAACGAAAGAAACGUCGGCAGGAACUCGCUCGACUGAGAGACUCAGGACUCUCACAGAAGGAGGAGGAGGCAGCAGCGGAUGCUUUUACUGAGGAACAACAACUAGAAGAAGAGAGGCUGUUGGAGGUAGAGAGGCAAAAAUUGCAUGAGGAGUGGUUGCUACGGGAGCAGAAGGCACAAGAAGAAUUCAGAAUAAAGAAGGAAAAGGAGGAGUCAGCUAGAAGACGGCAGGAGGAACAAGAGAGAAAGUUAAAGGAAGAAUGGGAAGAACAGCAGAGAAAAGAGAGAGAAGAGGAGGAGCAGAAGCUGCAGGAGAAGAAAGAAAGAGAGGAAGCUGUGCAGAAGAUGCUGGAACAGGCUGAAAAUGAGUUGGAGAAUGGCACCACAUGGCAAAACCCAGAACCUCCCACAGAAUUAAGAAUAAUGGAGAAAGAUCGAGCUAAUUGUCCAUUCUACAGUAAAACGGGAGCUUGCAGAUUCGGAGAUAGGUGUUCACGUAAACACAAUUUCCCAACGUCAAGUCCCACUCUUCUUAUUAAAAGCAUGUUUACGACGUUUGGGAUGGAGCAGUGCAGACGAGACGACUAUGACCCCGAUGCGAGCCUGGAGUACAGCGAAGAGGAGACCUACCAACAGUUCCUGGACUUCUAUGAAGACGUGCUCCCUGAGUUCAAGAACGUGGGAAAAGUGAUCCAGUUCAAGGUCAGCUGCAACUUGGAACCUCAUCUGAGGGGCAAUGUGUAUGUUCAGUAUCAAUCGGAAGAAGAAUGCCAAGCAGCCCUUUCUCUGUUUAACGGACGAUGGUACGCAGGACGGCAGCUUCAGUGCGAAUUCUGCCCAGUGACCCGAUGGAAAAUGGCAAUUUGUGGUUUAUUUGAAAUCCAGCAGUGUCCAAGAGGAAAACACUGCAACUUUCUUCAUGUGUUCAGAAAUCCCAACAAUGAAUUUUGGGAAGCUAAUCGAGACAUCUACCUGUCUCCAGAUCGGACUGGCUCCUCCUUGGGUAAGAACUCGGAGAGGAGAGAGAGGAUGGGCCGCCACGACGAACACUACACUAGGCCGCGGAGGAGGAGGAGCCCCGGGCCGGGCCAUUCCUACCGGAGAAACGGGGAAUCCGAGAGGAAAAGGAGGAGUAGUCAUGGGGGGAAGAAAUCCCACAAACACAGGUCCAAAAGCCGGGAAAGGCACAGUUCUCGAAGCAGAGGAAGAAAAAGGGACCGCAGCCGGGGCCGCCGGAGCCGGAGCCGGAGCCGCAGCCGCAGCCGCACCCGGAGCCGCAGCCGCAGCCACACCCGGAGCCGCAGCCGCAGCCGCAGCCGGAGUUCCUCUAGGUCCAGGAGUUGUGGCGGGAGGUCAGGUAGUCGAGACAGAACUAUUCAGAGUCCCAAAUCCAAAUAAACUUACUAUAUUCCUCAGUGAUUGUACAUCUUAUUUAUUAUGACUGCUACAUACUUGGAUAGAGGGCUCUGAGCUCAGAUGGGUUAGCAAGUCUGGCAGAACCCUAUGUUCCUUGGAACCCCAUUUAAAAAUACUUUUAUUCUCUGAUCAUCACAGUGUGUUUAGUGUAGGAAACAUAAAAUGUAUAAAACACAAAAAUUACUUGUAAUCCUGAUCCUUAAAGAUAACCAGUUAACACUGGAACAUUGCUUUAAGUCUUUUUUUUCCCUCUUUUUAUGGGUGUGUACACAUUUUUUUCACACAAAGAUCAUAUAUGGCUGCAGUUGAAUAUGCUUUUUUUCACACAAAUCAUUGUCCCCUAUUCUUAGUUAUUUUUACUCACUGCAUAGUGUAGAUCUACCAGUUUAUUCAACCUAUCCCUUUUGUUGGAUUUUUAAGUUAUUUUUAAAUUUACACUAUUAAAGAAUUCUGUGCUAUAAACAAUCCUCUGGUGGAUUGUCUUAAAUACUUUCACACAUUUCCGAUCAUUUCCUUAGGUUACGUCAAGAGAUAUGAAUACUGAAGUAUUUCCAAAUAGCCCUCCAUAAAGACUACAAAAAAAUUUUACUCUAUCAAUAAAUUUUGCUGUUCCCACAACAAAUUAAUCUUUGCCAGUUUGGUAAAUUUUAUGUGUUUAUUAAUUUCUGUACAUAUUGGCUAAGCCAAACUUUUUUUCUAUACUUAAUGGCCAUUAAGUUUGGAUGCCUGCCCCUUAUAAUAAUCUAUUGGAUUUUUCUGCAUGUCAAUAGCUGAACAACUUUUUUACUUUAAAGCUCACUUUUUCAGUUUUAAAGUACCAAACGGUAAAGUCAACUUUUUCCCCCUCCCUCCUACCCCAUAUUCUCAGUCCCUCAGCUGGUUUUCCAUUAAGGGUGUUCAUCUUUUUUAUAGCGUGUUAGAGAAUUCACUGCUACUGAAUAUGCCUUGUGUUAAAGCAAUUCUGGUUAGAAAAAAAAAAGUGGUCAGAGAAACUUGUUUAACAAAAAUAAAAAAGCUUAAGCCAGAAUAUCAUCCUUAGAUUUCAGAUCAUUAAAAAAGAUGGUCUCAUACUUCCUUAUAAAUUUAUUUUCUUAGUAACAUCCUUUCUAUUGGCAUACUUUAAAUUCAGAGUAUGUGGCAUUUGGCAACUUUGAGAUUUGGAAGUAAGGACUUAAGGAUGCACAAAAUACUGAGGUUAAGAGAAAUAGGAAAAGGAAUUUCUUCAAGAUUGGGAUUUCUGAGUGGUAUCUGUUGAAAAUGGGACUUCUUUAAUCUGUAAUCUAAAAGAAAGGAAGUAUGUGGUCUAGAAUACAUUUUACUUUAAAUAUUGAUUUGUUCCAGACCUUAAAUGCCUGCUUUAGUCUAAAAGUGGUUGAAAUUUUUCUGUAAUUGUCUACUGGAUUCACUAAUGCUGAAUAAUGAUCACUAAAUUAAAAAAACUUCAAUACUUUCCUAAAUACAGCCAAGAUAUACAAAAUUAAAUGUGGUACUCAAAGCUGAAUAAUCCUAAAAGAUCAUAGAGGAGAAAAAUGAGUUAAACACCAGCUUGUGUUCAGGGUAACUGAAUUGGUAACUUUUCCCUCAAGUGUUAAUAGGCACUGUGGGAGGGAUGGAGGGAAAGAGUUUUUAAACCAUUGACUGGUUCAUUAUCCUGAUAAAUGUCCAUCUUGAACUUAAUAAACUUACUGUGUUUUUUAAGCUUAUAA